AUGCCGUCGAACGCGUUUCCUGUCGAGGGAAGAACAAUCCUGAUCGCAGGCGGCUCCAAGGGAACAGGCCUCGAUGCAGGCCGACAACUGGCCGCAAAGGGAGGCAACGUCAUUCUCGUCGCCCGAGACUCACAACGGCUGCGCGACGGCAUCGAGUAUGUCAAGGCAGGGGUAACCCAUAAUCACGUCGCUGGCACCGCCGGGACACAGCAGCGUUUCCACACCAUCACUGCCGACCUGACCAGCGCCCAGGCAUGCGUGAGCGUCAUGGCUCAGGCCACGGAGUGGAACGGCGGGUCACCACCAGACGUGGUGUGGUGCUUCGCGGGGACGUCGCACCCGAGCCUGUUCAUCGACACGGACACCGCGCAGCUGCAGUCGCAGAUGGAUGCGAACUACUUCACGAGCGCCUACAUGGCACACGCGGCGCUGAGAAGUUGGCUGAGGACGGACAGGGACGGGAACGACAAGGAGCAGGCUGCUGCUUCCGCUGGGGAGCUAGAGGCGGCCAGGAAGAAUAGUAACAAGUCUCCUCCGGCGCGGCACCUCAUCUUCACUUCUUCAUUCCUCGCACUGUAUAGCAUCAUCGGGUACACCCCCUACAGCCCAUCCAAGGCGGCCCUGAGAUCUCUAUCCGACACGCUCUCCCAGGAGCUCAACCUCUACGCGGCGGCGAACCCGUACGCACCGCCCGUCAAGGUCCACACGAUAUUCCCGGCCACCAUCUUCACCGAAGCAUACGAGGCCGAGAACAGGGUCAAGACGGACGUGACCAAGAUGCUCGAGGAGGCGGACGGCGGACAGACACCCGAGGAGGUCGCGAGGAAGAGCAUCAUGGGGCUGGAGAGCGGGCAGGAGCUCGUCGCGACCGACUUCCUAACGAGGAUCGUACUGUCUACCAUGAUGGGGGCCAGCAGGAGGGGUGGGUUCCUCCGCGCUUUUGCUGACUGGGUUCUGGGGUGCCUUGGGCUGCUCAUCUUGGUCUUUGUUCGAUGGGACAUGGACCGCAAGGUGCGGGCCUGGGGAAAUAGGCAUGGAGACUCUGGUAUGAAGACUCAGUGA